GGCCCGCUCCGAGCCCUGGAGUUCCAAGGCACCAUGGGAAGAUUCCCUAAUGGUUCACAGAACACUGGUGGCGGUUACAAAAUUUGAACUACAGUUUCCAGUUUCCAAGCCAUAGUCCAUAGUACUUUUUUUUUUUUUUUUUUUGAGUUAGCGCAUGCGGGUUUCUAACCGCCCGCGCAUGCGCCCUUCAACUUUCCGGUGACAAGGACAGCGUGCGUCCUGUGGCAGGCGGCGGGCUCAUGGCUUUCCUCCUUCGAGCCGUACCAAGGUUGCAGGGGCCCACUGCGUGGAGGAGGCCUCUACAGGGACUGUGGUGCUGCUCUGGGCAGGGGGAUUCCAAAAGGUGGGUGGGGAGCAGGUCUCCCCACUCACGGGAGAAGUCACCAGGCACCGAGACCGAAACAUUCCAUACAAUCUACCGGUUCCGAGCCAUCCGAGCAAUUGGGGUCCUCUCGCGGCUGAAGUUGGCCCAGACAGCUGUGACUGUGGUGGCCCUGCCCCCGGGCUUCUAUUGCUACUCACAAGGCCUCAUGACGCUCAGUUCACUGUGCCUUCUGGGUGGGGUCGCCAGCUUUGCCCUGGCCAUGCUCUGUUGGAUGAGCCACUUCUUCCGGAGACUGGUGGGCAUCCUGUAUGUGAACGAGUCGGGCACCCUGCUCCGAGUGGCCCACCUGACCUUCUGGGGCUGGCGGCAGGACACGUACUGUGCCGUGUCAGACAUGAUACCCCUGUCAGAAUCCCAGGAACGGGUUCAGGAUGUGUUCGUGCGCAUCCAGCAGUACAGUGGCAAGCAGACCUUCUACCUCACCUUACGCUAUGGCCGAAUCCUGGACAGGGAACGGUUUGCACAAGUGUUCGGAACCCUGGCCACACAGAAGAACAGCAAGUAGGCCUCUCGUAGCCCUGGUUACACUUGGAUUUUAGACAGAAGGCCGUGGACAGAUGAGACAAAAGCUAAUACUGGGGACUGGGCUGGUGCUCACUUUGUAGACUGCUUGUUUACUGUGCAGGAUGGGAAGCCCUGGGUUCAGUUCCUAGCACUGCCCUGAACCAGGCAUGGCUAUGCCUGCCUCUACUCAGAACUGGUGACACAGGCAGGUGGAGAAAAAGUUCAAGGUUGUUUUGGGCCAAAAAGGAAGAUUUAGGAAAAAGCCCUUAGUGGAACAUUAUAGGACAUCCCAUCAUAUAGUGGCGAGAAGUUUCUAUGAAGAGGCAGUUCUUGGAGGAGUACUAUGCCAAGGUCACUAAGGCAGCCCGCUGCUGUAAAGAUGGAAGGCAAGAGGGUUGGCAGAGGAGCACAGGAUGUGGAGUCUGGGGACUUGGGUUCUGCUGAGCCUUAGUUCCUUGACCUGGGGCAAGGUAUUAAGUUUCUGAACCUUGAAUUGCAUUGUGAGAUGGAAAACCCUUCUCAUGGGGAUGGGUAUGGCUGGGACUUUGUGGCAGAGCUCUUGGCUAGCAUGUAUAAGGUCCUUAGUUCCAUUCCCAGCACCACAGAACAGGCAAAACCAGUGAAUACUGAGUGCUGUGUAAGGCACACAGCCCAGAGCUUACAACAUAGAGCAAGGCUUCUAGGGUGCUGAUGGGGCCCGGCACUUACUCAUGCUCACCAGCUGGACGGCCAUGGCUAAAGCCCAGAGUGAACUUAUUUUUUCCCAUCAGCAAGUCACUGUACACCAACAGAGGUAGGGACAGCACCCCUGAGACUGCGUUGACCCCCAGGAGGUCCGGGGGUGCUCACACUUAAGAGCUUUGUAGUGUCAUCGCAGCAGAGGGACUCUGUCCAAGCAAAAAUUCAUCAUCUGGAGGACAGUGCAUAUGCUUUUCAUAAUAACAACAAAUAGGUAAUUGUACCUGCAUUAAAAGGAAAGCAGUCGUGAUCUUUGUAAUUUGUCUACCAGAAUGCUUUGCUUUGUAGCUUUUUAGUAAUUUCUUUCCUUUAAGAAUUUUUCUUUUAAUUAUUUGUGUGUGUACCACUGUACAUAUAAGGAGAAUGGAGGACAACUUUUCCAAGGUGCGUUCCUUUUAGCAUUUAGGUCUUGUGGGUUAAAUUCAGGUUGUCAGGCUUGACAGCAAGCCCCUGCACCCACUGAGCCAUCCUGCUGGUCCUCUCUAAAGUAAGCAGAGCGUGAACACAGGUAACAUUAGACUAGACGUGCCAAAGUGUGUGUGUUGGGGGGGUCCCACCACAGGCCUACACAAAGAGCUACAGGCACCAUAGGAACGCUGAGAGCAGGAGUAGUGCCCUCAGGGAAGGGCACACCCAAUGUGGAGUGGGCGGCCCUGAAAACUGGCACAUGCAAGCACAGAGUGAGCCGGCUGUGUUUAGAAGCGUACGCACGGAUACACAACAAUAUUAAGGAAAAACAGAGGCCACGAAUUUGAAAGGGCAAGGGAAGGUUUGGAGGGAGGAAAGGGAAGGGGGAAGUACAUGUAAUUCUAUUGUAAUCUCAAAAAUAAAAAACCACUUAAAAUGUGCAUAUCAGAUUAUAACCAUUUUCAAUGUCCUGGACAUGUAGCACGUCCUUGCCAUCGAUCGCCACUGGCUAGUACCAGCACUUCACUCUCCCAGAUAGGAUGUAGGCACUUAGGCCAUAGCUGUCCCUGCCUUCGUCCUCUCCACCUCUGCCUGUUUGUAGGCAGCAGUUACUCUGUCUGAAUUUGUUAUUCUGACAUCCAUGAAGGGAAUCAUGAUAUGUUUCCUCCUGUGCUUCCCAGUGCUAACUUGGUGGUGGUCAGAGAUGAAUACACUUGAGUCAAUGAAA